GAACAAGAAUAGUAUGAGCUCGGUGGACUCAUAAAAACCUGGUCCUUUGGCUUUUUCUAUUUUCUGCCUCGUUGAAAAACUGGGUGACGAAGCGCGGUGCUUGCUUGGUUUCUGAAGGCAGCAUAGCAAACAGAAAGGAACAGAAACGAGUUCAUAGCCAUUGCACAUUAAUAAGUGAUGGACGUGGCUAUGAUCGAUUGGAGAUGCAAUGGUGCGCACGAUGGAUAUCAAGGGCUUGUUUUUCCCUGAAGGAAGUAAACAUGGUAGCUUUUGCUUAUCAAGUUAAGUGCAAAUAAAGAGGGGAGGAUAAUCAACAGUAAACUCCUCCAACUCGCUGUCCUAUUUUCAUUUGGAUGAUGCUGAAGAUGAUCAUGAGGGACAGAAUACUCGUGAUGUUGAGAAAGAGGUAUAAUGGGUGCCGCAGCAACAGCAUCACCACCACGACUCUGCCGCAGGAAACCUCCUCUUCUACCUCUAUGAGCAGCAGCAGUUGCACAAGAAGGAUUGAUUAUGAAGAAGCGAGCAAUGGCCUGUAUGGACUCCCAAUUCUUAACACUCCCAAAGGCUUUCAACACUUCGUCGACCAAGCUAUUCAUAGAUCUGGAGAGCUCAUUGCUUACAUCUCCAAGCUCCCUCCAUCCUCUGAAACCAUCCGUGCCAUGGACGAGAUUUCCGACACUGUGUGCUCUGUAGUAGACUCCGCCGAGCUUUGUAGAAACACUCACCCAGACAGGGAGUACGUGGAAGAGGCCAACAAAGCCUCAAUGAAGAUAUAUGAAUAUCUCCAUUUCUUAAAUACAAAUCAUACUCUGUACAAGGCGGUGGUGAGAGCCGAACAAGAAGGUGUUUUAGCAAGUGCAGAAGCUCAAAGGGCAGCACACUCUCUUCGCAUUGAUUUUGAGAAAGGCGGUAUCCAUCUAUGCCCUGGGAAGUUGGACCGAGUAAAUCAACUAAACCUUGAAAUUACACUGCUAGGAAGGGAGUUUAGUGAGAAUGUUAUCAUUGAUCCAGGCAAAGUGGAUAUAUUUCCAAAUACACGUAUUCCAAAACGCAUUCAAAGUCUUCUUCAACCAAUCUAUCGUAAUAGAGCAGGUGGUUUGAGGGAGUCCAAGGAGGCAAGAGAUGCGAUGCAGGAGUCAGGAUUUCGGAUAGUCACUGACCCAGCUAUACUAUCUUCCAUUCUGAAAUGGACACCAGACGCAGAGGUCCGGAAGCAAGCAUACAUUGUUGGGAAUUCUGUUCCAAAAGCAAAUCUUGGUGUCCUUGAUAAGCUCAUAGCAGCUCGUCACGAACUCGCAGAGAUAUUAGGAUACAAAUCUUAUGCUGAAUUUGCUACUUUUCCAAACAUGGCAUCAUCAUCUGAAGUUGUGAUGUCUUUCUUGCAUGAGUUGAGUGAGAUUGUCAAGUGUAGAGCUGAUGAGGAGCUUCAUAAGAUCCGAGAAUUUAAGCGGAAAAUAUGUGGUGGAAGUAGUGAUGGCGUGGAACCUUGGGAUGAAGCGUACCUCACAGGAAUGAUGAAAUCUUCUACUUAUGACUUAGACUCAUCAGUUAUAGCAUCAUAUUUUUCCCUGCCAUAUUGCCUUCAUGGUCUGCAAGUGAUGGUAAAUUCAUUGUUUGGUGCAACACUUAAGAGCAUCCCUCUUGCACGUGGUGAAUCAUGGCAUCCGAGCGUAAUCAAAAUGUCACUUCAACAUCCGCAGGAGGGUGACUUAGGCUAUAUGUAUCUUGAUUUGUACUCCAGGAAUGGUAAGUAUCCAGGUUGUGCACAUUUUGCAAUCAAAGGUGGAAGGCAGUUAUCAGAAAUGAACUAUCAACUGCCUGUGGUAGCAUUAGUUUGCAAUUUCUCGGCUCCAUAUGGAUCAUCAACUCCCAGGCUCAACCACUGGGAAGUAGAAACGCUCUUUCAUGAGUUUGGACAUGCUCUCCAUUCCUUGCUAUCACGCACGGAUUAUCAACAUUUUUCGGGUACCAGGAUGGUCAUUGAUUUAGCCGAGACACCUGCAAACCUUUUUGAGUAUUAUGCAUGGGAUUAUAGAGUUCUAAGGACAUUUGCUAAACAUUAUUCAACUGGAGAUACAAUACCUGAGAAACUGGUGGCAUCGAUGAAUGGUGCGAAAAGAAUGUUUGCGGCGACGGAAUUGCAGCGCCAGAUAUUAUUUUCAGUAAUGGACCAAACACUAUUUGGGGAGCCGACACCCUCACCACGGGACACAGUUGCCAUCGUUGCCGAACUGAAAAGGCAGUACACUAGCUGGAGACACGUUGAGGGAACACACUGGCAUACGCGAUUCAGCCAUCUUAUAAAUUAUGGUGCAGGUUAUUACAGCUACUUGUAUGCAAAAUGCUUUGCAGCAACUAUAUGGCAGGAUGUGUGUGUUGAGGAUCCAUUGUCAAGAUCUGUAGGUGAAGCCCUCAGAACUCAAUUUUUACAGCAUGGAGGUGCAAAGGACCCGUCCCAUCUUCUAAGGGAUUUUGUUGAUGAUGGUAUUCUAAAACCUUGUAAGGGGGGAAUUGUGCCCAACACAAGCAGCCUCUGUAGGGAAUUGAACUUGCCACCAUUUCCUGUCUAUAGAUAGUAUCCUUUACCAUUUUCAGUUGUUAAAAGUAACCAAAACAUCUGUAUUAUUAUAGCUUUAUUGGUUCCA